AUGGGUUUCCUUAGCAAGAUCCCUGCCUCUUCUAUCAAGAAGUACGCCGGCAAGGCCGUCAAGGUUACCACCAACGUGGCCAAGGUUGCCAAGGUUGUCAAAGUUGCCAAGGGCGCCGACAAGACCUCGAAGAACGGCAGCGCUGACGAUGCCACUGCCUACAAUGGCGGACAGGACCUCGAAGACGAAGAUAUCUUCUGGGUAAACGAGCAGGAGGAUUUCGAGACAAUGCUUCACGCCGCAAAGAACAAGCCCGAGCCUACCAAGACCGAAGUGAACGACUUCAUGGGCGAACUCCGAAUGAUUGAAGAACUCCGCGACGCUGCCGAGAAUUCAUACAAGCACCCUGACGUUGUCAAGAUGGAGAAGUAUCUUACCGAGAUCAACAACAAGACUGAUCGGGCUCAGCGACCCGUGUCCCCCUCGAACGACAAUGAAGGACAUGGGGGACCUUGCCACCCGGAUUGUGUGCAGUGUCAGUUGGAAGCGAGGGUCUAUGAGAAGGCGCAUCGACACGUGGUGGGUUUGUUGAAGUUUAUCGAGCCAGGAAUGAUUCCCGACCAGCAGGGUUUGAAGGAGCUUAUUGAGAAGUACAUGUGA